AUGUUUGAUGAGGAGGUGCUUCGGAGCAUUAUGAUGACUUGCAUCAUCUUCCAUUACAUAAUUGUGGAGGAUGAGUAUGAUUAUAAUGCUCAAGAGAUGUUCGAACCCGAUCCCAUGAACACGGCGCAUACAAGAUUUUAUGAACGGCUCUUGGGAGCAAAUGGACAACCACUAGAGCAUGAACUGUUGAUUAGGGAUGAUCGAUACAACAACCCCAUGAUUGAUUGUUAUCAGGAAAUGCAAUCUUCACAUGUUCACGAGAGACAUCAAGUUGACUUGAUCAAGCACUUAUAG